AUGGCGGCUGCUAUGGAUUCGAUCGGCAUGGAGGAUGGUUAUGGAGGCGAUUAUAGUGGUGGUGGUCUCGGUUUUGGGUGGAGGGUGGUUAUGGAGGCAACAGGUCGCGGUUCCACCCCUUUGAUUCCUUGUUUUUUUGAUGUUUCGAUCUUGCUUCAACAUAAGGUAUUGGUUCUCGUAACAAGUUCUAGAGGGUUCGUGUCAAUUGAUGAUACAAUCCAGCCAAGUAUACAACUUAACGCCAAGGUAACCGGAGUGCAAACUUCCAUUAUUGAAGUUGAUGAAGAUGGUGAUGCAAUACGUGAAGAUGAUAAGGCUCCUAGCCAAUGCAAUGAAGGGAGUGUAAACCCAAUUCUUCAAAACUUCACAAACUCAAGAUCACAAGUCUACGAAAUAAAUGGUGACAUAAGAAUCCAUGGCAAUUCAUCCACCAUCUUCAUACCUUCAAUCCCACAACACCCCAUAAAUUUUAAUUGGACCACAAAACCUUAUGCGCGGUUACACGAUGACAUUGCAAUGGAGAGGGUAAGAGAAUUCACGAUAAUUCACCAAACCCUAGAAAAAGUAAUACCUCAAUGCAACCGCAACUUCACCUAUCCGGCGAUAAUUUUCUCAUCCCGAGGAUACGCUGGAAACAAUUUCCACGACUACACGGACCUGCUCAUUCCACUCUACUCAACUUCCCAACAAUUUAAUAAAAAUGUAAUAUUUCUUGUAUCCGACAAGUCUUCUUGGUGGAUUUCUAAGUACAGACUAAUAUUACAGAAUCUCUCUAACGAAACAAUUAUCGACAUUAAUAACGAAAAAGACGUACUAUGUUUUCCAAGAAUGAUAGUUGGGCUCAAAGCCGACAAAGAGUUAAACAUUGACUCUUCGGAAUCCCCACAUAUUUCCACUACUGAUUUCACCAAGUUUCUAAGAAGCACGUAUUCUUUGGACAAAGAAUUCGUAAACACCGAUUGCAAGAAAACUCGCCCUCGGUUGCUCAUCAUUUCAAGAAAAGGAAGCCGACAUUUGACGAACGAAGACGAAAUAGCAAACAUGUCUCAAAGGUUGGGAUUCGAGGUUGUUGUAAGAGAAAUAGGGUGGGAGGUAUCAAAAAUGUCCAAAUUUGUGAAUAGUUUCGAUGUUAUGAUUGGAGUGCACGGGGCUGGCAUUACAAACAUGGUUUUUCUUCCGGAAAAUGCAGUCGUGAUACAAAUUGUGCCAUUUGGAGUGGACAUUGUAGCUAAGCCGUACUUUGAAGAACCUGCGAAAGACAUGAAGUUGAGGUAUUUAGAGUACAAGGUGAGUUUGAACGAAAGCUCGUUGUUUGGGAGGUACCCGCCGGACAGUGAAGUAUAUAAAAAUCCUGAUGGUUUGUAUGAUAAGGGUAAGGGAUGGCCUGUUUUUCGUCCUAUUUAUAUGGAUAAUCAAGAUGUUAAUGUUGACUUGAAUAGAUUUAGGAAUACCCUAUUGAAAGCCUUGGAGCUUGUUUGUAGUUAA